AUGCAUUAUGCGGCAGAACUUGGUUUUUUAGAUGUAGCAAAAACACUUGUAAAAAAGUGUCCUUUGCUCCUUGGUCUGAGGACAGCAAAACAGGUAGAACCUGAGAAAAUCAGACGUUUGUUACCAGCUGAGUUGGCAUUAGUGGCAGACAAUGAUGAGAUGGCUGCUUACUUGAUCAGAAUGAUGUGGCAUGAAAGGUAGAGUGACAUCGGUUGGAAAAAAAGGGUUAGUCUAGAUGUGUUGCUACUGUCACCCUGGAUGGAAUGCUUCAUUCCAUCAUGGGAUGUCUUCCUUUCUCCCUUUAGUAAUGUGUCUUGCUUGAUAAUACAGCACCUUGAUCUCCCUAGGAAUUACAUCUAGACCUCUCAACCUGAGCUCAAAAAUGAUAAUAACCAUCAAGUCAGCAGAGGGGAGAGGAGAGGGGUAGUAAAACAAUCAGAAUACAAAUUCUUAAAAUAACCUAUUAAUUAGUUUCACAUAAAUUUUAUUCUUUAAUUUUAUCCCAAUUCUCUUUCGUAUGCAAAGGUUAUUUUCUUGGAAAGCUGAUGAUGUGAGAAAACCUCAGCCAUCUUUCUUCAAUUUACAUUCCAUUAUUGAGAAUCCUAAAAUGAAGGUAAGGAGAUACUUAUAAAGACAACUAGUGCAUUGAUCAAUUCAAAGCCACAAAGUGACUGGCAUUUGAUUCAAAGACCUUCCCAGAGGUGGAGAAUUUCAAGUUUGCAUGGGUGGGGUGGGGUGGGGAGUUUGAUCCGAGUUGAUUUGUGCAUAACAGAUUACUUGAAGGGUUAACCCUUUAGCCCCAAUAGUGACCAGCAUCUAAUUUCUCCUAACAAUAUAACUGCCUUAUCAAAUGUACAGGUAAUGAGAAUGAAUGCGAUGAUCACCAAUGAUGAAAUGUCUUGAUGUUUGAACAAAUUCUCUCAAUCAGUAAAAUAGGAAACAUAUGGAGAAACAGUGACGCGAAUAUACAUGUUGAUAUUGGGGCUUAAAGGGUUAAGAAGAUGUGUGCUGAAUUGAAGUGCAUUCAUUAUUAUCUCCAUGACCUCACACACAGAACAUAGAGAAUCAAUAGAACCUUCUCGUCUGGUUCAUAUUGAUACAAAAGAUGAUUGUUUUUCAUCGCAUUUUCAGAAAACAGUAGUGGCUUUAUUGGACCAAAUGGUGAUUCCCCAUUGGACUUAUCUACCACAACGCAAAGACACCUAUGACACAGAUGAAGAGGAAGAAGGAAUUGAAGGAGCCUGGAGUACAAUUACUGAUGAUCCCUUGAGCUAUCAUUUUUAUUAUCACAUUUUAGAUGGUGAUGAAGGAGGAAGACCUCCAAAGAUUACAGAGUCAGUGGAAGAUAAACAGAUCGAUAACAAGUACUUUAGCCUCAAGGACAAAUCAUGCUUACUCUUGAUUGCAAAGAGCAAACAUAUGGUAGGGUAACAAACUGAUGCCAAAGGUAUUAAUCAUAUUUCUCCAUAUUCUUGGAUUUAUAAAAAAAAGGGGGGCUGUUGCAGUCUGUUUUGAACUGCUUGUCAGACUCUAACAGUUCAAUGAACAUACUUAAAAUAGCUAAGAAAAUUAGACACCUUGUACUAGCUUGCACUGUAACAAAUUUCUUACAAAAAAUAUUUCUUACUCUCAAUUUCAGGAGGCUUUGCAGCAUCCUGUGGUCAGGAUGUUGAUUAAAACAAAAUGGAACAGUUAUGGAUUUGUAUUUCUCUGGUAAAUUUGUUUGAUGAUUUUAUGGGGUUAAAGUAAUAUAACUUACAGGUCAAGGCAGACCAGAGAAUGUUCUUAAAGGGGAAAAGCUGGUAUCCCAUUGCAAACUAUCUGAGUUGUUGAUUACUUUCUCUCAGAGAUUAAGAGCUGGGGUCAAUUAGCUUCUAUAAAAAAAUUAUGAAUAAAUUACUUGUUUAAAUUUAUGAGGUUUAAUCUUUAGAACAAAAACAUCAAGAGGCAAUUUUUGUCUCGAGGAGUAGUAAAUAUAAAAGAGAAUUGAAAAGGCUUCACCACUUGAAACUUUCAUCAGGAUGAUACAGUCAACAUAAUUAUGUACGAAUUUAACCUUGCUUGCUUUCCUCAGCCUUCAAGCGGCAUUCUAUGUCAUCUUCUUGCUCUUCUUGUCGUAUUCUCUGAUACAUGGCUCAACUAGAACGGAUCCCACCCAGUACAGGGGUGUGACGGAUUUCUUGUGUGGAAUUUGCGAGGUUGUCACUCUUGCUAUGGCUGUCUUUUAUAUCUGUGAGGAAUUCAAUCAGAUGAGAGUGUAAGUGACACUUGUUCUUAAUCAGACAAGCGCCUCACAAGUGAAAGCUCAAUUUGCAUUGGGAAUCAUUACCCCUUGGUGAAAAAGGAAUUUAAAUCUUGUUUAAAUAUGUCCUGUUUUUGCAAAGUGGUUCAUUUUGGCUUCAAACAGAUUUAAGAUGAUAAAACCAUGCAAUUGUAGAUCAGUUUAUAUGUCACAUUUUAGCAUUUCUAAGCGUUCAAAUAAUACUCACAGUGACAAGAUAGAAUUUCCCUCUUUGUGUCUUUGUGUUUGUGUAUGAUUCUUGUUCUCCGUAUACGUUUCGUAAAAUAUAUUGUUAUGCCAUGUGACCAGGCCUGCCGCAUGAUGCAGUUCGGCCAUUGUUCUCAUAAUUUGUACAUUUGUCAACUGUUUUCCAUGUUGGAAAUCCAAUGAUACUUAUGAAUUUAACUCUGAAGGACAAGAAAACUAGUCAACAUAAAUUCCUCUACUGCUCGACUCUCCGUUUACGGCAGUAAUAUUUUAAGAGUCCAGAAAGUCUGAUGAUAGGGUAAACGCAAUAGGGAACGGCCUGGGUUGAGGAAGGGAAGGGAGCGCUGGUUGAUUACGGAGCCUAGCAGCCCUGAUUGAUCACACCUGAAAAAGAAAAAAGGCCACUGAAUUAAUUGCGUUAUUAUUAAGAGAGUCACAUAAAUGAAUACACAAGAACAAACAUUAUUUUGUCUGAUUUUUAUCAGAGAUGGGAGCUCGUAUUUCACAGAUUGGAUGACCCUGUUUGACUGGUUAGGCCUGCUGCUGAUCCUGUGUAUAAUGCCUCUACGGUACACUCACAGCAAGUUACAGUGGAUGGUGGCUUCCUUAGCCUUCCUUUUCAACUUCUUGAGGAUAUUUGAGUUUUCCUGCGUGACAAGGUAACCUUAGCACCCGUUGUAACCGUCGUAAAAGUCAAGACUACAGAGAUAACACUUUGGAAUAAGUUGCUUACAUUGGUAAUGAGUCAAUUUAUAAAUCUAACACAGAUUUCAGACUUAAGGCCUAGGCGUCGGUUCUGCCGAUUUUAGAUUCUCAAAGAGAAAACUGAGAAAAUUUGAAUCCAGUUUUGAGAAAUUUGCGUUUUCAAAACGUCUAACCAUCCUCGCAUCUUCUCCAGGACUACAGGGUUAUACACCAAAACCUUGGCGAAGAUCAUUUUAUACGAUGUCACCAAAUCUAUGACUGUUUUCGUUGUCAUCUUCCUCUCCUUCUGUGGUGCAAUAGCUUUAUCUCUCCGUUACUCCACUGAAAACCACCACUUUAGGUGUGUAUUGAUCUCUCCUUCAUGAAGCUUUGUUUUAUUCUGGAAAAGAGUUUCUAGCGGGGGUUUUGGUCAUUGGUUUGUUUAAGGAACAAUGCCAGUGUUAGUUGGCAGUUUUAAGAUCAAAACUAUUUGGUUUGGUUGACCGAGAAAUUCUCAAUAUUUACAUUUCAAGAUUACAAUGAUGAUAAUUUGAAUCAAGGAUAUGUGAGCUUCCAAAACGGCAUGGUCUUCAUUGAGCCCGAGUUAAGUGCUGAAAAAUGUAUCAUUUAAAUUUGCGAUGAUUUUUGUAUUUACGUAUAAUGUAUUACGCAUAUUAUUGUUUUAGGAACCUUGAAGACGUGUUUAUCAGCGGAUUUCGUGCAUUGACUGAACAACAACCUAUGGUGGUAGAAGAUUACUCAGCAUUCAAGUAAGUGCGACUGACAAGGAGAAAUUAUUUUUAGCAAUUUUGGUUAUCUAGAUUAUUUAGUGAUAUCUACCACUUGGACGUUGCAAUUAUAGGCACAAAAUAUACUAACACGUCUCUACAAAUCAGUUAAUAUUAUCCGUCGUAGUUUCGAACGAGAGCGUGGCUAAUGUUGAUUCUCCAACACUAAAAGCAAUUGUAAGCUUGCCUUCAGUCGUUGUACUCCAGUCAAGUAACCAGCUGCAGACCUCCUUUCACGCAGGCAUCUUCUUGAGAGAGCAAUAUUUCUGUAGCUGGGAUUAUAAUCCUGAAGGUGGCUCUGUUUUGAAAAGUUUGCAAUUUUUUAAUCCCAGUGUUGUAUCUUGCAGCUGGCUUUCAAUUCUGCUGAUGAUGGCUUACAUGGGAACAGUGACUGUGAUUCUCCUCAAUAUUCUCAUUGCACAGAUGAGUACGACAUACACAUAG